UUUUUUUUUUUAUUUCUCUUUAAUAUCAGUUUCAAAAUGUGUCGAAGAAUCACUUGUAAAACUUGCAAUAAAUAUACAUGGACUGGUUGUGGACUCCAUAUUCAAAGUGCUUUGGCUGGACUUACAGAAAAUGAAAUCUGUCAAUGUAAUGCUAAAGAAACCACUCCUUCUGAUAAACAGAAUGAAGAUGAUAAUGGUAUAUUCUCAAAAAUCAAAUCUGCUAUUGGAAUGUAACUCAUCCCACUUUUUUUCUCUUUCACAUCUUCAUCAUCCUUAAUAAUUCAAAAUAAUCCAUCUGUUUAUAUUCAUCUUAUUCCCAUUUUUUUUUCUUGAUAAAUACCGUAUAUAGUCAUUCAACAUUAAUAAAAAAAAAAGAAAAAAAAAAG